CGCCGCGCCGCUAGCACGCCGCCCACCGACAUGCGGCACAAGCCUCGACUGGCGCGCGUCUAAACUGGCAACAAAAAGGAACAUCAUAUUUUUCAAAUUUAGAACCUUGUUGUGCGUAGAUUAAAUUAGUCAAAUAUCUAUAUUAUCAGUGGUCGAAUUUAAAAACUUUUCCUUUAGUGUAAAAUGUGACAUUCCAUAAAGUAGAUGUAAAAAAAAAUUAUCAUAUUUCCAAAUUCAAACGUGUUAGCUACCCUAUUGUUUCAAAUUAGUGUUAUGGAACAGUGGUCCCGCCAUCGGCACAGUGGACUGAAACGGACUGAUUCGAAUUCAGAAUUUGUUUGCGGUGCUAAGGAUGCGUCGCGAUGUACAGUAACGUGAGCGAUGGCGUGGACACGGCGGAGGAGACGCAUGCGCACACGCUCGCCACACUCCUCGCGCUUUAUGUGCUGGUGUCGAUCAUCGGCAUCAUUGGAAAUGUAAGCUUAAUGGCCGCGCUGGCUUCAGCUGGCGCCGCAAGACUGCGCACCCCGCAGAUGCUUAGCGCAUGCGCAGCUGACUUCCUGGUGUGUGCUGCCAGCGCGCCGCUCGCAGCGACGAGAGCAGCCAGGAUCCACCAGCUGCCUUGCCAUGUCACUUAUUACAUUGAGUCUUUUCCAGUGGCAGCGAGCACGCUAUCCCUAGUCGCUAUAGCCGCGGACCGGUGCGGUGCGAUACGCCGCGGCCGAGGGUCCACGGUGUACACACGGCCUUUCCUCGCAGUUGCUGCUGUGUGGGUUGCGGCUUUUAUGCUUAGUGCAGCCGCGCUCACCACGACCUGCGUGUCAUGCCCGCCGCUAGCUGCAGCGCAUGCCAUCGUUACCUACUGCAUCCCAGUGAUGGUGGUAGCCCGCUGCCACUGGGCAGUUCGCGUCAAACUGACUGCUCUCUCACUGACAGCACGAGCGGCGCAUGGAGAGCUGCCCCUGCCAGUACCACUCAUGCGCCGACCCACACACGUCAUUAUCGUCGCUGGCGUCGGCCCCAGGGAGCGCCGAGACGCCGUUGACGUCGGUGACGUCAGAGCCAAGAAGCUCCAGCCAAGCCUCCUAGGUCCUCAACCGCAGACAUCGACGCUCCGAUCCCGACGCCGCCUCGGCAACGUGCUGAUGGGAAUCGCAGCGAUCUUCGCGAUCUGCUGGUGUCCACACGCGGCUAUAGUGAUAUGCGGCGCGUUCGGGCUGCAGGUGCCGACGAUGGUGGCGCACUACGCACUGCUGCUCGGCUAUGCGCACUCGGCGUUGAACGCGGUCGCGUAUUGGGUGCUGAACCGGCAUGCGCUGACGUCUGCAUGCACGGCGUGGCGCCUGCCGCAGCUGCGCGUGCGGGAGGAGAGGCCCUCUUCCACCAACGAGGCGGCCCUCGGCGCCUUCCACCCUCGGCUCGCACGUCCCGCCCCGUCGCCCCGCCCUCCCCCUUCAAGCUUACUGUAUUGAUGUCCGUCUAUCUUCUAAGCUCUGUCGAUCUGUGAUUCCUGUUUCUCAGUGCCUCGUAUAGUCUACAGGCACCUCGGCUCGCCGGGGCGCCGCUCGUUUCGUCGUUAUAAACUUGGUUGUUUGAGAUUUUAUGGAGAAUAAUAUCCGUGAAGCAAUAAAGUGUAUGAAACACU